AUGAGUAUUGUGUAUACUCAUGCUCUCAACUACUCUCAAGUUGAAUCAAGGAAGAACAAUGAAAUUGAUUCAAAUAUUGGAUACUCACAAACACAACAAUAUUGUCACCAAAACUCAUUGCUUUCAAGCCUUAUAGACACAAGAAAUGGUUUUAUGAAUGAAGAAACUUUCAGAAAUGAUAAUGAUCAACAUCACAAACAUUAUUCUCCCUCCACAAGUUCAGACAUGGAAACAAUGUUUACAAAUUCUCAACAUUUGUUAGUGAAACAAGAAGAGAAUGACCCUUUUUCACAAGGAAUACAAUACAAUGGUUACUCUAAUGAAUCUCCAAGUCAGAUGAUUUACCAAACUCACCAGAAUCAUGCAUUGCUUAAUGAUUUUGAGGCUUCAUUUAGUGCUGUGAGUUCCUUGGAUUCAGAGAAUUAUGACACAGAAACUAAAAUAGCUUCUUCUAUGAAUUGCUCCAAUCUCAUUAGGCACAACAGUUCACCUGCUGAGUUUUUCUCCAAUUAUUCACUUCAUAACGGUAUUGGAACUAAAAACAUUGGAAAUGAUAAUGCUAGCACUAAAUCUUACAUGCCUAACUUCAUCAAUGACUAUUGGGCUACUUCUACAUUCACUGCCCCUAAAACGUCCAUUAAUAAUGGUCAAAUCUUCUUUUCCACUUCAAAUACUUUGGAAACUCAGGAUUUAGACUUUGGAUACCAAAAACAUGGUUUGAGGCACCAAUUGAGUCUUCCAAGCUCUUCUACAAAGAUGACUAGUAUGGACAAGUAUUUUCACAUUCAAGGAUCUGUUCCAUGUAAAAUUCGCGCCAAAAGAGGCUUUGCCACCCACCCAAGAAGCAUUGCAGAGAGGGAAAGAAGAAUAAGAAUUAGUGCAAGAAUCAAGAAAUUGCAAGAACUUUUCCCAAAUUCAGAUAAGCAAACAAGUACAGCUGAUAUGUUGGAUGUAGCAGUUGACUACAUUAAAGACCUCAGGAAACAACUUAAGAUAUUAUCAGACACUAAGGCAAAGUGCAGCUGUACAAGUAAUUAG